UUUAAAAACUAAUUUAAUUACUGUACAUUUUUAUAACAGCAUUUAAAUCUUUGUUUAGAUCUUACCUUCUUUAUUUGCAGUCCUUAUUGUAUAUACCGGAAUGUAUUUAAAAGUCAAUAUUAAUACAAUCAACUGUAAUUGCCAUCGAUAUGUUUGCAAGAGAUCAAUAAUUGAAAACCAAAAUUUACAGAAUAUCUGGACAGUGUGCACACAUUCUUGCUGUGAUAGUUAUAAUUGAGGAGUGGAAAAUCGCUGGAUUGAAAGAAGUUCCCUCUCAGCCUUCAUCAACAAGUUUACCACAGCAGUGGGAUAAACCGAGAGGACAUAAAAUAAAGCCAGAGCCUGUGUCGCAGAUGGUCAUAUCCAGACCACUCAAUAUGAAUCGGAAAAGGAAACCAGUUAUUGCCUCUUUUGUUGACAAUAGGAAAAUGCCCCUGACGACAUCCGAUAUUGCUCAUUUAAAGAGUCUCAGCAACAGCCCCAUUUCAUACUUGGUGGAAAAUGGAAGUGACACAAGUACAGUUAAUACCCCAUUAGGCCCCCAGUUCAUCGGUUCAGCUCUAAGCUAUCAUGCUCCCCUUAUACAACCUGUCACUCAACCAAGGGAGGUAAAUUCUGACAAAUGUGGAGAUAUAGCAUUUCCUAAGGAGCUACCCAGCUGUAUUGAUGUACCAGCACCAACACCAGAAUGGGGGGAUGUAUCAUUAACCCAAACAGAGGCACAGGAUAUUGAAAAGUCAACUCGCUCUCAGUCAGAUACACAACUGUGGUUCACAGAGAGAAAGAAAAGAAUCACUGCAUCAAACUUUGGUAGGAUAAUGCUUCGAAAAAAAUUUAUAAAUGAUGCUUUCAUGAGCACUUUUCAGGAGCGAAGUUUUACAUCAGCUCCAACAUCUUAUGGAAAGGCAAAUGAACUAAUAGCCAAACAAAUGUACAUCAAACAAAGUGGCAACCAUAUCCAUGAUAUUGGCCUUGUGAUAAACCCCAAGCUACCCUUUAUAGGAGCUACCCCAGAUGCAAUUGUCUGUGACAAAAUGGUUACUGGAUUAGUUGAAAUCAAGUGCCCAUAUUCUGUGAGAGACAUGACAAUUGAAGAUGCAUGUACCAACAGCAACAAAUUCUUCUUAGAAAAAAAAUGGAGGGAAAUAUGAAUUAUCUAAUAUGCAUAUGCACUGGUUCCAAGUGCAAGGGCAGCUUUUGGUCACAGGUGCCCAAUUUUGUGACUUUGUAACUUACACAAAACAGGACUUCAACAUUGACAGAAUCCUUCCACAUAAGGAAACCAUGAAAACUCUGGUGGAAAAACUGACCCAUUUUUAUGUUGACCAUUUCAAACCCUAUUUUGCAAAGUAAAAUAUGGGGUAUUGUAAACAGUUACCUUUCAUAAGCAAAUUGUCAUCUUUCUGCAUGUCUAAUUGCACUUCAGAUGGCACCACAAUGCUCUCCAUUUCGAUGCUGUAAUCAAAAUAAAGAUAUUAAAUACAA